UGGGAAGGGAAAAAUACAAAAUAGACUUCUCCUAGACUAGAGAAUCGACGAAGUAGUUACAAUAAUUUCAGUGUAUUCUGUUCCGAAAUUGCUGCCUGAAUCAGCGGGAGCUGCAGAAUGAAUAUCUUAUUGAAAAUUCUUAUCUACCUCAGCGUGGUUUUCAUUGUUAGUACUAGGGGCUACCCUGCUGCUCCUUCUCCUCCUUCUCCUCCUUCUUCUUCUUCUUCUUAUUCUCCUCCUCCUACCCCUCCUCCUCCCGCUCAACCCAGGCGUAAAACCCUGCUAGAUAAGGUUACUGAAGGAUAUCCUCCUCCCAGAGAUCCUGCACCCAUGUAUCUGGUGACCGGGGAAGGCCAGUAUGGACCAUCACCACGUCCAUAUAAAAAACCAAGAAGUACAAAUCCCAACGCAAUGAGACCUGCUGGUUGGUUGGGACGACCAUCAAACCCACAAUUGGGACAAUCAUCAAGAUCACAGAUGGGACAAUUGCCACCACAAUCGGGACAAUUGCCUCCAAUGCCACGCUCUCCAACAGAAUCACCAGACGCGACACGACAAAGACGAGGAACCGGGGGAACCGGUGUGACCGGGGGGACCGGAACCGCGACUGACCCCCAUGUUGUGGAUGAUUAGACUAGUCUAUUAUUAGUGUUUUGAUUAGAUUGAUUAGAUAGAUGUGUGAUAAUUAGAAUGAUUAGAGGUGAUAUAUGAUUAGACUACGAGCACAGAGUUGGAGAUGUUUUCAAUAAUUUUUGAAGCACAAGUGAAGGAGUUUUUUCUCAUUUAACUCGUCGAUAAAAUAGAUAGAAAUGAAAAUAGAAAUCUAAGUAUCCUUUUUAGAAUUAUUUGGUCACAGAUAAUUGCAUCAUAUAACCGAAACAUGCUGUGACUGAAUAUUUAUAACUUUUGUAUUAUAUACAAAUGAAAAAAAUAUUUUUUUAAAUACAUUGCUUUUUUGAAUAAAAAAUUAUACUUUUAGUUUAAACACAGUGUUACUUGUGAAUAUUUGAAAAAACACUUAGACUCAACUCACACUUACGCGACUCAGGUCGAGAAGAGACUCAACUCUAGUCGAGAACCUGUGUUUCGAAAUGGUGACACUCAUACCAGUCGACUCAAGUCUCCGCGACGUCACCAUUUGGAUACACAUGCUCUCGACUGAGUCGAGUCUCUUCUCGACCUGAGUCGCCUAGGUGUGAGUUGAGCCUUACUUUUCUUGGAGUAUCGAGAUAUGCAUUUCACUCUUGAGCCUCUGAGGCUGAUGAAGCUCCUCCUCAGGAGUGGAAUGCAUUCCUCAAUACUCCAAAAAUAGUGUUUUUUUCAAAUAUUUACAAGCAACAAAAUCUAUAAGUAUUAGUCUGAGUAUUAGUAUAAGUUGUAGUCUGAGCUACAACAAAGUUAUUAUUUAGAGUGUUUCAUCAUGGAAAGCAGCAUCAAUUUGAAUACUUAUAUUCAAAAGUAGCCCUUGAGAAAGAAGGACAAUAGAUAGAUAGAUACUUCUUUCUUCAUUUAUACUAGGCUUGUCGCCAAAGAGAUGAAUAAUAAUUAGGUAGGUCACAAUUUAACAUGUAAACAAACCAAUGUUAAUCAGGUGCUGAAUUCUAACAUGAAGCUCUGUUUCAAUGCAUCGACUUUUCAACAGAAAUAUAAUGAUUUCUAGACAAUUUUCAAUAUUGAAUUACGAAUAUCAUCAAAUUGUAUUGAUUGUUCAGUUAUUAUAAUUAUCUAUUGAAUAAAUAAAAGUUGUACUUAGAAACGAUCGUUUUUCUAUGCAUGAGUAAUAUUUUCAAUGAAAUUAAUAUUAGAAUGUUUUUCUGAAACUUUCUAGUUA